AUGGCCGAACUCCGCUCCGCAGUCUACGUCGUCCCUCCCAUCCCCUUCCAGAACCCGAGCGACCCGAAAAAGAGCGCGGGCGUCUGGUCGCCGACCUCCUGCACCCUGAUCUACUCUUCCACGGCCGCAGUCCUCGUCGACACCCCCAUCACCAUCAAAGACACCGAAGCCCUGAUCACCUGGAUCGAGCGGAUCGCGCCGGGCCGCAAGCUCGAAUACAUCUACAUCACCCACGGCCACGGCGACCACUGGUUCGGCAUCCCCAUCCUCCUCAAGCGUUUCCCGGAGGCCACCCCCGUCGCGACGGCGGCCACGAUCCGCCAUAUGGAGCACGACAGCGAGGAGAAGCAGUACAACGCCGUGUGGGAGUCCCGCUUCCCGGGCCAGAUCUACCGGCCCUUCACGCUGGCGAAGCCGCUGCCUGUAAGCAAUGAGUUCAAGCUGGAGAACCGCUGGGUGAUGCGGGCCGUCGAGGUCGGGCACUCGGAUACCUACGACACGUCGGUGCUGUGGGUGCCCGACUUGAAGCUGGCCGUGUGCGGCGACGUCGUCUACGGGCAGGUGCAUCAGAUGCUGUUCGAGGCCAACACCAAGGCGAAGCGGGAGGAGUGGAUCCGCGCGGUGGAGAAGGUCGAGGCGCUGGGACCGGCGUACGUGGUGCCGGGCCACAGGCAGGCCGAGGAGAUUGACGGCGUGUGGCAUCUUGCCAACACCAAGAAAUACAUCCAGGACUUUGGCAGGGUCUUGGAAAGUAACCCCAAGAAUGCGCGGGAGCUGUUCGCGGCUAUGAACAAGUUGUAUCCUGACCGGUUCAACCCGGCGGCUUUGAUUAUGAGUAGCAUGGGGGCAUUCAAUGUACCAAGAGAACACCGGAUCUAA